UUAUAUUUAAAUUUACCAAUGGUUCAUGAGAUCGUUAUUUAAUUUAUUAAAAAUGAAGUUUAUAGAUAUUGGGGUCAAUCUAACAGACCCGGUGUUCUGCGGCUUGUACAGAGGAAAGCAGAAACAUAUAGAUGACUUUGAAGAUGUUCUUCAACGAGCAUUUGCUGUUGGAAUGGAUAAAAUGAUUGUCACUGGUGGAUCUCUCUCUGAAUCGAAAGAAUCAAUAAAGAUUUGCAAAGAGAAUGAGAAAUUAUUUUCUACAGUUGGUUGCCAUCCUACUAGGUGUGAUGAGUUUAAAACUGAUCCAGAUACUUACUUUAAUGAUCUACAGUCUCUAUUAGCGUGUGAAAAAGUUGUAGCUGUGGGCGAAUGUGGUCUUGAUUAUGACCGGCUCAAUUUCUGCUCUAAAGAAGUCCAGUUAAAGUAUUUUGAGCGUCAGUUUGAACUUGCUAAAGUUUCACAACUGCCUAUGUUUUUGCAUUGUCGAAAUUCACAUCAAGAUUUUAUGGAUAUCAUGAAAAGACAUAGAAGUAAAAUAGUGGGCGGAGUGGUUCACUCUUUCACAGGUACUGUAGAAGAAGCAAAGGAAAUCAUUGCACAAAAUCUUUAUGUAGGUAUAAAUGGAUGCUCUUUGAAAACCAAAGAAAAUCUGGAGGCAAUGAAGUCAAUUCCUAGUGAUCGUUUAAUGAUAGAAACAGAUGCACCAUGGUGUGACAUACGAAGGACUCACGCUGGUUUUGAACAUGUUAGUACUAACUUUCCAACAAAGAAAAAUUGGGAAAAAGGCUCAUGUGUAAAAAGUCGCAAUGAACCCUGUCAUAUUGUUCAAGUUGUUGAAGUAAUGGCAGGUGUCAGAGGCGAAAAAGUGGAAGAUCUUGCUGAGAUUGUGUAUAACAAUACAAAUAAACUAUUUUUUGAAUCUACGAGCCAUAUUUAAUUAAACAACUAAAAAAACAGUACAUUUAUAGCGAUUUUAUGUAUGUUUAGAGUCAGACUGCAGAUCUCAGGGUGCUGGGUACUAAUUCAGUAAAUUCACUAUACACAUUUUGCCAUUUUAUAUAAUGUCAUCCCACGUCUUUAUAAUUAAAAAAUUGUGUUUUAGAGUUUUAGUAAUAAUACUGGGAAACAGUUUUGCAUAGGAAAUAUAAAUUAACUUUAGAUGGGGUGAUAAGACAAACUUAUAUUAAUAUAAUGAAGCCAAGUACCAAUGCAAGGUAAUAUUUAAAGUUUUAAACAACCGCGGCAUAUAUAAUAUUGUUUUAUGACUUGACCACAAUUUAUGCUGUUAGUUUCAUUUCUAAUAAGUUCCAUCAA